AUGUGGGCCAACUUAAUUUCUCUCUUUGGAGCAGUUUUAAUUUUUAAUUUUGUUUUGAAUGAUGCAGUUAUGUUCAGGUUUAAAAAUUUCGAAUGUAAAAGUUACAAUCAGUCGUGGUUCGUUUUCCACAAUUGUCGUCUUAAGGCAAUUAAUCGUGAAAGGGUUCUGCUCAAUGUAAAUGGAACUAUUCUUCACCCGGCCCAUGAUAUUCAAGUCCAUGCCAAGAUCUUUAAGAGGGCCAGCGGCUUCAAGCCUUGGUUAAUGGAGUCCAAAAUAGACGCCUGCAGGUAUAUGCGAAAGCACUACGAUCCAUUCAUCAGCAUCGUUUACAAUAUUUUCAAAGAGUUUUCCAACAUUAACCACACUUGUCCGUAUCUGGGUCCACAAAUCGUGAAAGAUUUUUAUCUGAAACCGGAACUGUUAAUUCUGCCCUUCCCAUCUGGAGAGUACUUGUUGACACUUCAGUGGUAUUUCGAUAAGAAGCGACAAUUUGAUACAAACGUCAGUUUUAUUUAUGAGGAGGAUCUGCUUAGAAGAAAUUAA